UCGCGUGCAGUCUCAGAUAUAAAUAAGACCUGCACGACGUUGGGCUGGACGCUCACAACGUUGACAGUCUGACAGUAAGCUCAGAGCCAGCUGUAGCGCCUCACUGCCGCUCUGAUAAACGGUACCGCGCAUUGAUAAAGGUGUAUGACAAGCAUUUUUUUUUGUGUACUUUCCAACCCAAGACGAGGAUUCUGUCUGGAAAAAAAAAACAAACAAAACUGGGGGAUUUUGUAUUUAAAAGAAGACGUAUAAAACUUAACUCGAAGAAGCAACGUUUUUUUUAAUAACAAAAAAAAAAGCCCAGCACAUCUGGCAACUACAGGAGGGGGAAUUCACCAGGUUCUGACAGCGGCCCAAAGGUUUGUGGGAUAUUUGCCAAGCGAAGAUGCCAGCCGACAUGAUGGAGAAAACAUCCUCAUCGCCAGUGGCGGCCACCCCGGCGAGCAUGAACACGACGCCAGAUAAACCCAAGACUGCUUCCGAGCACAGGAAGUCCUCGAAACCGAUUAUGGAGAAAAGGAGGAGAGCGAGGAUCAACGAAAGCCUGGGCCAGCUGAAAACUCUCAUCUUGGACGCACUCAAGAAAGAUAGCUCCAGACACUCGAAACUGGAAAAGGCUGACAUUCUUGAAAUGACGGUGAAACACCUUCGAAACCUGCAGCGAGCGCAGAUGACGGCUGCUUUGAACACUGACCCCACCGUCCUCGGAAAGUACCGCGCAGGGUUCAGCGAGUGCAUGAACGAGGUGACGCGGUUCCUGUCCACCUGCGAAGGGGUUAACACCGAGGUCAGGACACGGCUCCUGGGCCACCUCGCCAGCUGCAUGUCGCAGAUCAACGCCAUGAACUACCCCACGCAGCCGCAGAUCCCCGCCGGCCCACCGCACCCGGCGUUCGGCCAGCCCCUGGUCCCGCUCCCCGGCGCCUCGCCCCUGAACGGCCCGCCUUGCAAGGGUGGCCAUGCGGGCAGCUUACCGGCGGAGGCGACGAAGGUGUACGGCGGCUUCCAGCUUGUACCGGCUACGGAUGGACAGUUCGCCUUUUUGAUCCCUAACGCAGCCUUUGCCCCUAACGGACCAGUUAUCCCCGUGUAUGCCAAUAACGUCGGCACGCCGGUACCGGCUGUGUCCCCGGGCGCGCCUUCGGUCACGGCUGACUCGGUGUGGAGACCAUGGUAGAAAGCGCUGUGCGAAAAAAAGAAAAGACUUUUUUUGUUCUUUACACGUAAUAGCAAAAGAACUGGUUUCUUCUUGUUUAGAUGCCUAUUUUUUGUAUGAAAGUGUAUUCAAGUGAAGAGUAUGCACUAUAUUUGUAUAUAUUAUAUAUGAGGGAAAGUUCAUAUUGAAAUGUUUUGUAAAGUCAGUUUAUUGAACUGCAUUUUAUAUUCGAGGUGUCUUUUUAUUAUGUGAUGCCAAAGAUAUGUUGAAUGCUCUUAAGAACGUGUCUUCCUUUUGGAAGAUCUAAAUAAAUUUUUAAAACCGA